GGAGCGAGGUAGAGAGAGCGAGGGAAUAGAAGAGACGUAGUGAGGGAGCGAUAGGGAGAGACAGACAGAGGAGUCGGUGGAAGUUAAGACAGCAGCACUGCAGUACCCUGCUCAAGCGUGCUCGGGCUCGUCACUGACGCGUUCCGCUGCGUUUCCAGAGCGACCAGGGAGAUGACCGGUGACCAGGGAGAUGGACAGACUCUUUGAUAGACAAGGAGGAGAGAGGGGAGGCCAGUGAUACAGGGAGAGUGAGAGCGAUGGGCAGAGCGAACAGGUCUGGAACAGGUCUCUGUCUCUUUAAACCGUCAGCUGCUGCAGAUCGUGUGGGCGCUGCAGUCGAGGUACAGCGAGGGAACGAGAGGACCCACAGUCCGUCAGCUACAGAACCAGUAGACAAGACCAGAGAGAUGCCAGCGGAGGCCUGAGGGCGGCGGUGUGUGUGGGCAGUAAGGGGAAACAGAGGGGGUUGGACAUAGAGUAGCUAGCUGAUGUUGAAUCGAAGGCUAGAGGAGUGUUUGCGUUUCUGCAGACUGGUUGGAGGUAAAGGGGAGUUGGUUAUGAGUGUGCGUGCGCGCGUGCGUGUGGGUGUUUGCAUGUGAGGUAAGAGCGGCGUAGGUGUGAGAACGGGGUGGCAAAGCAAGAGGGCGACGGGGUGCUGUUUCGGAGCGUGGCACAGCUGGGCGAGUGGUGGCGCUGGGAUGGUGGGCACUGGGGAGGCUGGCGAACCAGGAGCCCCCGGACCGACCGGGAGCUCCUCAGCCACGGGCAGGGGAGGGGCAGAGGGCAGUCGCCCGGGGGGGGGGGCCGGGGUACUUGGGUUCAGGACGGCGCCAGCGGGGUGGUGCCAUCCCCCCAGCCAGGCCCAGGUAGCGGCGGCGGCACGCGGGACAGAGGAGGGGGAGGCGGGGGAGAGAGGCCAGGGUGUGAGGCAGGUGAGAACUUCACAGUCCCUGUCCGUGCGCCUGAGCGCUGCAGCGGGGGCGGGCGACGAGGACGAGGGGGAGUCGGGGGUCGAGGACGGAGGCAGCGCGUGCUUCGGCCAGGUGUCCAGGCGUUUGGGCCGGCUGUUGCGACGUCUGCCGAAGUCUCGGUCCUGGACUGACGGACUACGGAUACUCCGCAGGACCAGCUCCAACGGAUCACUGAUCACCUCCUCCUCAGGUACGGAGAGAAGACGGGAGAAAAGACUGCAGCUACACCUGUCACCUGGAGUGUGAGGAGCAGGUCCAGCUGGACUGCAAUCAGAGGGACAACAAUCCACAGGAAACUCCAUCUCCCAGAAAUCAC